AUGGGGACAGAGCUAAUGAGAGUCUGUAUGAAAGAAGAGAGUGAUGAGUUACCAUCUGUUCCUCCUGGCUUUGAAUCAUAUGCUACUCUCACUUUGAAAAGAGUUGUUCCUGGUGCUGGUGCUGCUGAUAAAACCAAGACUGUGAUGGAAAGUGUUUCUUAUGUAACCGAUCAAGUUAACAAGAUGGAGACUGAAUCCGAUGAACUCAAAGCUGCUCGGUCUCUACGGCGUAGACCUUGGAUUAAUUAUGCCGGAUGUGAUGAUGAUGAUGCUGCUCCAAACAAUGACAAUGCCUUUUCUCAUAAUAAUCUUGAUCAAAAGCCUUCUCUACCAAAGGGUGUGACCAGGGGAUGUACAGAAUGUAAUGACUGCCAGAAGGUAACUGCGAGAUGGCAUCCAACAGAAGCUCGUAGACCUGACCUUGAAGAUGCCCCUAUAUUCUACCCAACCGAAGAGGAGUUUGAAGAUACUCUGAGUUAUAUAGCUAAAAUAAGACCAAAGGCUGAACAGUAUGGAAUCUGUCGCAUUGUUCCUCCUCCUUCCUGGAAACCCCCUUGCCCUCUGAAAGAAAAGCAAGUUUGGGAAGGUUCUAAAUUUACCACACGUGUUCAAAGAGUGGAUAAACUUCAGAACCGAAGUUCAAUGAAGAAGAUUUCAAAGAUUUCUAAUCAAAUGAGAAGGAAGAAAAGAAAGUGCAUGAAAAUGGGAGUGGAUACUGUCACUAAUGGGAGCGAUCCCGGUUCUGCAAGCACAGAAAUGAGUCAACUUGAGACGUUUGGCUUUGAACCUGGUCCAGGGUUCACUCUAAAUGACUUCAAAAAGUAUGCUGAUGAGUUCAAGGCUCAGUACUUUAAAAAGAGUGAACCUUCUUCUGACAAUGUAUGUAAAGUUGGUAACUGUUGGGAGCCAGCAGUUGAGGAUGUUGAAGGUGAAUAUUGGCGUAUAGUAGAUAAAGCAACUGAAGAGAUAGAGGUGCUAUAUGGUGCCGACCUCGAAACUGGGGUAUUUGGUAGCGGAUUCCCCAAGAUAUCAUCUAGUCAGGAGGCUUCUUCUUCAGACGAAAAAUAUGCAAAAUCGGGAUGGAACCUAAAUAAUUUUUCAAGGCUUCCAGGGUCCCUGCUUAAGCAUGAAGGCAGUGAUAUUUCUGGUGUCCUUGUACCGUGGCUGUAUAUUGGGAUGUGCUUUUCUUCUUUCUGCUGGCAUGUUGAAGAUCACCACUUGUAUUCGUUAAAUUAUAUGCACUGGGGUGAACCAAAACUGUGGUAUGGUGUUGCGGGUAAGGACGCUACUAAACUCGAGGAGGCGAUGAGAAAGCAUUUGCCUGACCUUUUCGAAGAACAGCCUGAUCUGCUUCAUAAGCUAGUAACACAACUCUCCCCGUCAAAACUGAAAACAGCAGGAGUACCUGUGCACCGCUGCGUCCAGCAUGCUGGAGAGUUUGUCUUGACUUUUCCUCGGGCAUAUCACGCUGGAUUUAAUUGUGGUUUCAACUGUGCCGAAGCCGUGAAUGUAGCACCAGUUGAUUGGUUGCCUCAUGGGCAGAAUGCCAUUGAGUUAUACUGUCAACAGGGUAGAAAAACUUCCAUCUCACAUGAUAAAUUGUUGCUUGGGGCAGCAAGAGAAGUAGUCAAAGCCGACUGGGAGCUGAACUUACUAAAGAAAAAUACUGUAGAUAACUUGAGGUGGAAACAAUUCAGCGGAAAGGAUGGAGUUUUGGCAAAAACACUCAAGGCACGCAUUGACAUAGAACGUACAAGAAGAGAAUUUCUGUGUAGCUCUUCACUUGCACUGAAGAUGCAUAGUAAUUUCGAUGCUACCAACGAGAGAGAGUGUUGCAUAUGCUUCUUUGACUUGCACCUUUCCGCUGCUGGUUGCCGUUGUUCCCCAGAGAAGUAUACAUGUUUGACUCAUGUGAAGCAGUUGUGUUCGUGUCCGUGGGUUAGUAAAUAUUUUCUAUUUCGCUAUGAUAUCGAUGAACUGAGUGUUCUUGUUGAGGCUGUGGAAGGAAAACUUAGUGCUGUAUAUAGAUGGGCGCGUCAAGAUUUAGGAUUGGCUUUAAGUGCACACAUCUCAAGAAAAAAGAUGGAGAUGGAUGAAGAAGUUAAAGUGCACAAGGACCUGAGUCAACAAGCAGAUGCACUUUUAGGAAAAGAUUUACAGCUGAAAGAAACAACGGGACAAGAUCUAAGUGAAGGGUUAGAAAAGACGAGUAAUUUAUCAGAUGUUAAUUUACUUCUGAAAGACAAGGAGCAAUUAUCACCAAGCAACUGUAUGAAGCCUGUCAAAGAAGAAACUGUUUAUGAGUCUUCUGUUCCAAAAUCUUCUGAAGAAGGCUUACUCUCUGUGGCAGCUUCUAAGUCUACAAGUGGUAAAAAGAAUUCACGAGGUUCAGUUUCUUCUGGCAAGCAUUUAAAAAUACGUGAGAGACCAACCCUCGUUUUAGCUUUAGAAGCACCUGGUAAAUUUGCUGCUCCAAAUAUCGAAAAGCAAGUAAAUUCUUUGCCUGAUACACGAAAGACUAUAUCAUUGCCUACUAAUGACCAAAGAGCAGUGGGAGGGGAUGUACCGAGUAGUUCUGUAUCGCAUGUUGAAGUUAAUGUGUCUGCUCAUGAAAUAUGUAGUAGAAUGGACACCAGCAACCAGGAUGGUGAAAAACCUAGUAGCAGUAAAUCCAAAAUCUCUGGAGGAUUGGCUAUAUUAGAUGUGGUUGAUGGGACAAGAAGUAAAUCAAGUACACCAUCUUGUUCGCAAAAUAAUGGGACAAGAAGUAACUCAGGUACACCAUCUUGUUCGCAAAACAAUAGUCCGGAUAGGAUCAUCCGCCAAAAGGGUCCCCGUAUAGCAAAAGUUGUGAGGAGAGUCAAAUGCAAAGUAGAGCCUUUAAGCUAUGGAUGUGUGCUUUCUGGAAAAUCAUGGUGCAACCGCCAAGCAAUUUUUCCCAAAGGAUUUCGUAGCCGGGUUAAGUACAUAAAUAUUUUGGAUCCAACAAACAUGAGCUUCUACAUUUCAGAAAUUCUGGAUGCUGGACGGAAUAGUCCGUUGUUCAUGGUUUACUUGGAGGGUAAUCCGAGUGAGGUGUUUGCUCACUUGUCGCCUACAAGAUGCUGGGAGAUGGUGAGAGAUAGAGUAAAUCAAGAGAUAAGUAAGCAACACAAAGCUGGUAAAUUAGAUCUUCCUCCUCUGCAGCCCUCUGGAAGUCCUGACGGUUUUGAAAUGUUUGGAUAUACGUCACCAGCAAUCAUACAGGCUAUCGAAGCAUUAGAUGUGAAUCGAGUAUGCACAGAGUAUUGGGAUUCAAGGCCAUAUUCGAGGCCACAAGUUCAGUUCCCUGCAAAUCCUCUUCCCAGAGAAGCCAACACAAGCAUCCUAUUGCCAGCUGGAAAAAACUCUACUCUCAAAGCUCUGCUGAAGAAAGCUAACAUGGAGGAACUAAGCUCACUUCAACAAGUUUUAAGUGAGUCUAACAUAGAUUUGGUGACCGAACUUGUGAAGGAAGAGAUCCAGAAUCGUCACUGA